CAGUUUCACAUAUUGUCAUUGACAAUUCUUAUGACUGAUAUCGUUUCUAGAAAUACUACAAUAUAUAGAAGUAUUUAUCAUGAUUUGUUUAUUGGAAUUGCGCUGGAUAAAUCAAUUAAAAUUUUUGGUAUUUUGAAAUUCAUCAAUGUGUAAGAUUAUAUGUGCAAAUACACAGUUAUUAUCGUCAAUCUAUUCGAAAGAAAAUAAUUAAAUAUGACUAAAGUCGCAAACAUAUUUUAUUCUCUCGUUUGUAUAUUUGGAGUAUUAAAUGCUGUUAAUGCUGAAAUUGAAAAAAAUAUAAUUGGAGAAGAGCCUUUUAAGGAUACAAAUAAUGUUAUAGAUGUGCCAUAUACCCAAAAUAUAAAAGAAAAGUUGAUUUCAAGGUUGAAGCGAGAAAUACAAAAUAUUUCUAGUUCGAGUGAACUUCCCGUAACAGUUCCCGUAAAUGUAGCAAAUUCAACAGUACAUAUAAAUGUAACAACGGAAAGUCCCAAUACUAACAACGAAAGUUUUACAAAUUCUUCAACAUCACCUGUUCCACAGGUAAAUGUAUCUUCAACUGUCGCGCCGAAUGCUUCGGAUGUCAGUCCUUCUGAUACAGCAGCCCUUCCUGGGAAGAGUUCAGCAGAAGAUGAACACAAUAGUUCUAUGGCCAUAUUUUUUGUACUGUGUGUUUUAGCUCUUGGGAUAUUACUUAUACACCUCAUGCUGCAAACUGGAUUUUCAUAUUUGCCAGAGAGUGUUGUCAUAGUAUUCUUGGGUGCUCUUAUUGGCAUGCUUAUCAACUUAAUGUCUAUUAGGAAUAUAGCCAAUUGGAGAAAAGAGGAAGCAUUUUCACCAACUGCUUUUUUCUUAGUCCUCUUACCACCUAUAAUUUUUGAAUCUGGUUACAAUCUCCAUAAGGGUAAUUUCUUUCAGAAUAUUGGUUCUAUAUUAUUGUUUGCAAUUGUUGGUACUGCAAUAUCUGCAUUUGUAAUUGGAGCUGGAAUUUAUUUAUUGGGAUUGGCUCAAGUUGUUUAUAAGCUGAGUUUUGUAGAAUCAUUUGCAUUUGGUUCCCUGAUAUCAGCCGUUGAUCCUGUGGCUACAGUUGCUAUUUUUCAUGCUCUGGAUGUUGAUCCAGUAUUAAAUAUGUUAGUUUUUGGAGAGAGUAUAUUAAAUGAUGCUGUUGCAAUUGUUCUUACUACAGCUGUACUAGGUUCUAAUGAUCCAGUCAUGUCAACAAUGGAUGCAAUCUUAUCUGCAAUAAACCGAUUCUGGCUCAUGUUUUUUGCGUCAGCUGGUAUUGGGGUUGUUUUUGCACUUAUAAGUGCUCUUUUACUAAAACAUGUAGAUUUGCGGAAAAAUCCAUCACUGGAAUUUGGAAUGAUGCUUGUGUUUACAUAUGCACCAUAUGUGCUUGCUGAAGGAAUCCAUUUGUCUGGUAUAAUGGCGAUAUUGUUUUGUGGUAUUGUUAUGUCCCACUACACCCACUUCAAUUUGUCCACAGUAACACAGGUUACUAUGCAGCAAACUAUGAGGACUCUUGCUUUCAUUGCAGAGACAUGUGUGUUUGCUUAUCUUGGAUUAGCUAUAUUUAGUUUUCACCAUAGAGUUGAACCAGCACUCGUUGUUUGGAGUAUAGUGCUUUGUCUACUAGGAAGGGCUGCUAAUAUAUUUCCACUUGCAUUACUUUGUAAUAAAUUCCGAGAACAUAAGAUAACAAAAAAAAUGAUGUUUAUAAUGUGGUUUAGCGGGUUACGAGGUGCAAUAUCUUAUGCACUUUCUUUACAUCUUGAUUUUUCUGACGAAACUCGACACGUAAUUAUUACCACUACCCUCAUAAUCGUGCUGUUUACUACGUUGUUCUUUGGUGGUUCUACUAUGCCAUUAUUGAAAUUCCUGCGGGCUAACAAGAAAACAAAGCGAUCUCGAUCAUUGCGGAAGCAAAAGGAAGUCAGUUUAUCUAAAACAAAAGAAUGGGGACAAACAAUUGACUCGGAGCAUCUAUCGGAAAUUACUGAAGAAGAAUUGGAGGUUAACUACUCUCAUGCUACUAGACUGAAAGGAUUUGUGCGGUUGGAUAUUAAAUAUCUCAUACCAUUCUUUACCAGGCGAUUUACACAUCAGGAAUUGAAAGAUUGUAAGAGUCAAAUGACAGACCUCACCAACCAGUGGUACCAAGCGAUAAGAAUAUCAAAUGAUCACGAUACAGAUGAAGAAGAAAGUAUACAACAAAGUUCCUUAUCAAAUUCCCGCUCAAGUUUACAAAGAGGCGUGUGAGCUAGUGAAAUCAAUACUAUCAGUAUUUAGCAUAUUUUUAUUUUAAUCUUUACAUCUUUUCCGCGCGUUAUUGUGGAAGAAUAUGUACAUCUGAAAUUUACUUUAAGUUUCCAUUCAAUUGACCAUGUAGGACCCUUAUUCUUUUCCUCACCCUUCCCUUUCCAUUCCCUUAUUCCCGUCUACACUCACAAGAUUUUUGUAUCAAAUUCUUUUCAAAAGAUUUCUAAACAGAACUAUUCCUUAUAACUUCAUUGACGUUUAAUUAUGAACUAGACUCGCAAUUGUUUAAAAGGUCCUCUAAAAAAAUGACCGAACGGCGUUGUAUACACGCAUUAAUUUAUGAAUAUUAAUUCAAAUUACCAGUUGAUACUUAUUUCUUUGCAUGCUCAAAGACUAUCGCUUACGCUCAUGCGGGACGGAUGAUAAUCAUAAGAGACGGAUGCGAAAAGUUAUUUAUUAUUUGGUUAGUUUUGCACUGAAUGUUUUGUGUGGUUUUUGUUCCAAGCACGAUUACUGUAAUUCUGCCUAAAGAACCCAAAGGUGGAUUUAAGCUUCGGUUAGUUUUUGAACGGGUUUGUGAGUCUAGUUGUAUAGUCUGCGACUGCGUCAAUAAAUAGCUAAUAUUUGCAUAUGACGCACAAAUAUAGUUAAAAUUCAAUUUAAUGUUAAUAAAUGUAAAGUACAUUUCAAAAUUUGUAAAAUUUGUUUUGUUUAAAGUAGUAUGUUUAAAUGAAUUCGAUUCGUUUAAAUUAUUUUCUUUUUGUAAAUUUUAUGCAUUUUGUGAAUGACAUAUGGCACUAUCUGAUGAUUAUGAUUUCUCAGGAUAUAUACUUUGACAACGGAGAAUGCUGAAUGACGUUUAUAUAUAUGUCAGGCUAGUAUAAGAUUCUGUGUAAUACAUAAAGGGUUAAAAUACCAAUGUAUUGGCUAAUGAUAUAUAUGAAAGAAACUCAUCUCUCAUUCAAGAUUCUUGUAAAUUUACUAAUACCUGAUACUAAUAUCCUGACUAAUAGUUUAAUUGUUAAAUAAAACUGACCAGACCUUCAAUGGUUCCACCAUUCUUAAAUUCUGUAAAAAAAGAAAGCAUAUUUAUUUUAUAGAAUAAUUUUGUAAAGGAAAUUUUAACAUGAAAAAGUAAAAUAAUUUAAUACAAAAAAAAAUAUAAUAAUGAAUUUGAAUGUACUUAGGAAAUAAAAAUAAAUCGUCCUGCUAAUUAUAAAUUAUGUGAUGCCUUUCUGUAGUCAGCUAUUGUGAUAAUGAUAUAUAGUAUUAUUUAUUAAGUAUUAUUAUUAUUAGUUAAAUUAUAUGCACAAAGUUGUAAAAAUAUUGUAUAGCAUUAUGGAAUCUUUAUUGGUUGUGUCAAAUAUGUGCACUUAAUCAUAUUUUGUAACAGUAAGAAAUGUAUUUUUUUUUGCUUCUUUUAUCACAAAUAUAUGUGAGAAAAUUGAGUAAGCCAAUUAUGAAAAAAACAUUUUCAUAAAUUGAAUUUUAUCAUCAGCCCAUAUGUUUCCACUGAUGGGAUACAGGCCUCUUAUGAGGGUUCAGGUUAUAAUCCACUACACUAGCCAAGUAAGUGCGGGUUGGCAGAUGUCACAUAUCGUCGAACUUUUUGAUUCUCGGACAUGCCGGUUUCGCGAUGUUUUCCUUCACCGUUUUAAGCAGUGGUGAUGUUAUCUACAUUUGCAGAUAAAUUGAAAAAUCAAUUUACUAACUGCACGCUCGCCCGGUCUCGAACCCCGACUUAUCGAUUUUAAAGUCCGAGGUUCUCACCACUGAGCCACCACUGCUUCGAAUUGAAUUUGACAUAUUGACAAUCGUAAAUAAUUAAUGUCACCAAAGUUACAAUUUGUAAUUGUUUUUUCUUAUAUAUUUUUGUAUAUGAAAUUUAAUUUACUGGGUAGAUUAAUAGAGAUAAAUGAUAAGACAGUAAAUAUUGAAAUCAAUAUGUAUUAAAAACACAAUGUGUUAUUCAUAGCUUAUUAUAGCUUUUAUUGCAUCUAAUUUGUUGAUGGGUGUAAUCAUAAUUUUGAAAUUGCACAAAA